CUUCGUACACUUUCAUCGUUAAGUUUUAUUUUUAAUGGCCGAAAGAGAGUAAUUCGGCAAAUUGUUGUGGCAGUACAUAAAAUUUUGCGAAAAUCUAUAUAUGUGAACAAUUUUUCUUAAAAAUAAUUCAGAAAUAUUCCGGGACAAUAAAACACAGAAUUGUCAAUUCAUAAAAUAUACUGUAAUCGAUUUCUCCCUUGGAAAACAAUAAAAAUAGUACUACAAAAGAAAUGUUUAAUGCGAAAAAGUCUCUGUGAACAAUUAUAAAGAAAAUAAAUAAUAGUAAUUAAUCCAAUAACACGUUUUAAAAUAUGUGCCAAUUAUAUAUUCUCAUUCAACAAUAAUUAAACAGUGUUCUUAACAUUAUAUUUAUUUAAAAAUAUAAUUGACUUCAGACAAGUUUCAUACUAACAUUAAACAAAAAAAAGUUUGGGAAGUAGUGCAAAAUACUUUGAGUAUAUAUCAAAGAUUAACGCUCAAACGAGUUUUUUAAGAGUUACGUACCAAAUAAAAUAUCUAAACAAAAAAUAUACAAUUAAGGAAAAAUAAAUUCAAUACCCAUAAACUGCAAAACCUCCACGACCUGUAUUGCUAGAAGCGGGCAACAGGGUAACUUUUAGUAACACUUCGAAAUCUAAAUGAUAAUAUUAACCUGUAUUAUGUUUUUUUAUGAAAAGUAAUUUGCGUUACAUUCACCUAAAACAUAAAACUUAUUAGAAAAACAACCUCACUGAUUUCCAGAAAAUAGUUUCCGUUCCUUAAAUGAUGUAUAAAUAUAGUACGAAAUAAAAACUUAAUGAAAAGCAAAACAUACAAUAUAAUGUAACAAAAAAUAAAUUAAAAAUUCCUAUAAUGCCAAACUGUGGGACAUCCAAUGGUGAAAAGACUUCGGAUUCAAAGGAAUUAAUAAAAAAAAAAAAUUGCCGGGAUGGAGAAAUACUAAUAAAGCCAUUUAAGAAAUCUUCAGACAAGAGCUCCUUGGACAAAUAUACGCCAUUAAUUGACAAUAGUACACAACAAAAUAAUCGUAAUGAUUUGGAAACAUUCUUUGUUGUUCCAUCAAGUAGUUCGACCGGAAUGUCAGCUUCAUUAUCCGAACUGCUUUUACGCCAGCCAAAAGCGACUUCUCAGCAUUGGCAAACAGCACAAGAGGCAGAUAAAUGUCAAGAAGAGCUUUUUCGCAACCGAAAUAAACUGAUUUCUUGUAUAUACACCAAUAGUAUGCUAAACCAACAAAAUUGCUCACAGCAGCAACUUUUAGCAACACAACUUUUUUAUGCUCGACUUUUGCAACCACAGUUAGCAGAUCAGGAUUCCGAGAAAUCCGUCGAAAGGAAUACAAAUAUGGUUAAUUUUUCAGGUUUAAAAAAGCCUACGGUUCGUCAAGAUGAACUCCCACCAAACCCAUCUUCGCAAGAUGAUAAUAACAAUAUUGAAUUACUUAAUGACGUCGAGGAUUGCUUAAGAUGUGGCGAUCAACCUUUGAUUGAAUUUUCUAAUAAAAAUCAAAGCACGAGGAAAGGAAACAUACAAGAAUCGGAAAAUGGUAAUCCUAUUUUUAACUAUGUACCAAACUUUAAACUCAGUAACGACGCUAAAUCCACAGAAGGGUACGAUCUACAACACACUUGUGAAUUUAUACUGGAACAUAAAAAAGUACUUAUCGAUGUUAAAAAUAGACUAGAACAACUUUCCUUAUUAUCAGCUAAAUUUAGAAAAAGUCUGGGUGUGCGUCACGUCGAUAUCAAUAAUGUCUCUGGAUCAGCCCUUGAGGCGACUGUGGGACGACAAUUAGAUGAAAAUUGCAAGUCAAUUGAAAGCGUAUUGGAACAAGUUAAACGACUUUAUAAUCAAUGGAGCAGCGCUGAGCUCUACUACCUUCGCAGCCUACAACGCUUAGGACUCACAUCAGAAGAAGGGUCUGAAUUUAGUCCUACUCCAACUCAUACCAUUAUGGCUCUGGCUGCAAUAGCAUUAUCUGAUGAAAAUGAGUUCUUAACUAAGAAAAGUACUAGUAUUCAAAUUGAAUCUAAACACUUGGAUACUAAAAGCGACGCUGAUUUGCUCCCUACUUCAGCAAAACCUAAGACACUAAACGAAAUAGAGGAUAUUAUAUUACAUUUAGCUUCAACUGUUAAUAUGGAUAAAUCUAAUCUAGAUAGCUCAACACCUGAUGUUUACAGUGACAGUGAAGAAUCCAAUUCAUCACCCGCUUGCUUAUGGCAUACGAAAGAACGAAGCUUUCGACGUAAAAAGGAGGUAGAGCAUUGUACCACAGCAGCUGAAAUUAUUUUAGAAUAUGCUUCAUUGUCUUCAUCAACUAAUGCAAACACAAUACGCAUGCCUGAUACUUCCCCAUCUGCAUCAAACAUCACUGAUAAUAUUGAAAAUUGUAUUGCCAUAACACAAUCUCCCAUUAUGGUAAAUAAUAACCGUGAAUGUUCAGCUAUGUCAAUCAUUACCGACCCUGCGUUUUUUUCUGAGUUUUCCACUGCUCCUUCUACAACUUCGACAAGUAGUAAUAGUGUCUGCUCGAGUGGAGUAGUUUCUGGAGUUUUUGGAUUAAGUCACAGUCGAAGAAAACCAAAAUUCGCACGGCGCAUUGAAACUCUGACUUCAGAUUCUUGUAAAGCUAAUAUUUUGAAAGGAAAUGGCGAUCAGGCAUUGUCUUACCAGCUAAAAAUAUCGCCAUCAAUUACAGCAUUAGCUAAAACAGCGGAAAAUUUGUCACCUGCCUUUCCUAAGAUCACGUCUUCAAAUGAAGUUGCAGUAACAACAGCGCAAGAGCGUUCCAUAGCCAAUAUGUUAAAAGCACGGCGAAGCGCGUUAACGGCAGAUAUUGGACCAACCGAGUAUGAAAGUUUACCCCUGCUAGAUGCUCCAUAUGACUUAAGUAUUGGAACCAAGAUAAAAGACAUGAACUUGGACACAAAAAACUCAUCAAGUACACAAUCGAACGAUUCUAAGGAGAGUUUAAAUGAUAAAAAAAAACCCCAUAUUAAAAAACCACUUAAUGCGUUCAUGCUCUAUAUGAAGGAAAUGCGUGCUAAAGUUGUUGCUGAAUGUACACUGAAAGAAUCGGCAGCUAUUAAUCAAAUAUUAGGGAGACGGUGGCACGAACUUUCCCGCGAAGAGCAAAGCAAAUAUUACGAAAAAGCUCGACAAGAGCGUCAAUUGCAUAUGGAAUUGUAUCCAGGGUGGAGCGCACGAGAUAACUAUGGUUACGUGUCAAAAAAGAAAAAGCGAAAAAAAGACAGAUCGACAACGGAUUCGGGAGGUAAUAAUAUGAAAAAAUGUCGAGCCCGAUUUGGACUGGAUCAACAGAAUCAAUGGUGCAAACCAUGCAGACGCAAGAAGAAAUGCAUUCGUUAUAUGGAAGCCAUGAACGAAAAUGGACCCACCGAAGACGGGAGCGGUAUUGAUGAACACGAAAGCCAGCUAAGUGAUGACGACGAUGACGAUUACGAUGAAGAUAAACUUGGCGGAAGUUGUGGAAGCGCUGACGAAACUAAUAAAAUAGUAGAUGAUGACACCGAAUCCUUAAAUCAAUCCAUGUCUAGCCCAGGCUGUCUAAGUGGAUUGUCCAGUUUACAGAGUCCAUCGACGACAAUGAGCUUGGCAAGCCCAAUUAAUAUGAAUACCAACCCAGCAACUAAUGUUUUAUAUCCUGCCACCUCUAAUGCGCUUUUGAUCGUCAGUGCAGAUCAGCCAACAAUUCAACAACGGUCCACAUCUACAUCCGGAUCGAGUAGUGGUUCAACUAGUAGCAUAAGCACGACCCCAAAUACUUCAAGUACAGUUUCGCCAGUUACAGGUACGACGGUUCCGCCUACAAAUUCCGCUCAUGAAAGAGCCAUGAUGCUUGGAAAUCGGUUUAGCCACUUGGGAAUGGGGUUAAGUCCUCCAGUAGUUAACACAGGUAGCAGUAAACCUGAACCAUUUUUCCAACCGCAUUCCACAGUUUGUAAUAAUGCAAUUUUUUCAAUGCCGUCGAUUGGCAAUAGUAGUGUAAACCAUUCUUCAAUGCCAAACAUUUCCCGAAACCCCAUAGGUGCUAAUCCACGGGAUAUUAAUAAUCCCCUAAGCAUCAAUCAGUUAACUAAAAGACGUGAAUAUCAAAAUGUUGAAUCUAUUGAAGUUAGUGACACUCAGACUAUUGUUGCUCAUGCCGCUACGUCCAUUAUUCAUCAUGUUGCAGCCCACGGCUACCGUGCGAACCACUCACUUUUAAGUAACAACUUUAGUCAACAUUUCCAUCAACAGUUAACUGACCAUAUGGAAACGGCUAAAAGAAGUGAGUCGACAAUCCUGUCAGUAAGUACACAUGCCGUAAGCAACAGUGAAUGUCAUAAAGCAUCUGAUCCACAAUCAAAUGCAUCUAGCAAGACUCCAAGCGCAGGCGCUUCCGAAACUGGCGUCAUUAGCGUUUCUUAACAGAUGUCAUUGGAAAUUUACAUAUAAAUAUUCAUAGUUGCUUGAGAAAAUAUUUUAAAUUAUUAAAGGUGCAAUAAUUAUUAUUCUCGUUAUCCUUUUGCCAUCUUCUCAACCGAGAAGCCAUUUUUAUACUUGUGCCAAGAUUUACACCGCAAUAUUUCUUUUUUUAAUAAUUAACCUAUUCAUAACGAUCAUAACAUAUAUCAUAGAAUUUGUGCACAAAAAUCGCUUACAAAAACUCCAAUAGAGGCCAACCAUAAUUAUUUCUUAAGAUAAAACAGAGACAGAUCCCAAGCUAGGAAAUGCCAAAUAGAUCAGUUAAUAAACAGACAAUAUACACUAAAGCCAACAACCGAUUCUGCAGAACUCUUACUUUGGUUACACUUUUGCAUCUCGUUUAUUGAUCCAUUUAUUUAGUUUAAAACUUAAAAGGGUUAUAAAUACAACAUUGACUAAAUACCGUUUAUAUAUGAUUAAUAAAUUUGUUAGAUUCAAAAGAAUUUAUUUUUAUAACUAUUAUUUCCAAAAAUAACCUAAAACAAUCAUCAAACAAUAGUAUGGUUUAAUUUAAAUUUGUAAGCAAUACUUCCACAUACAUCAGGGUGGUGCUCUGUUCUUUAUGACUAUGUAGUUUUUAUUUUAAAAUGCGACAGUGUUACCUCGGGAAGUUAUUAACUAACAACAUUUUUGUUCGUUUAUUGAUUUUUAAUGACCCUAGGUGCAAAAUCAAUUUACACCUGGUUAACAUUUUUUUGGAAAAUUAUUGUUCACACUACAAUUUUGUUUACUUUGGUAAAUUUUACAUAAAAAUUACAAAAAAAUUAAAGUUGAAUCUGGUAUUUCCUCAAACUUUUGUAUAUAUGUAAAGAAAAGUCGUGCAGGCUGGACAACUUUUUCCAAAAAAUAUAUUUUUUUUAAGUAAUAACUCAAAAGAAAAAUAAAAAGUUUCCUUAACACUCAGCACUCCCCUGAAAUCUUUUUCAUUCUUAUUAUUUUAUAUACGUAAGCGAAAACAAAAAUGGUAAUGUUGGCGAAGUAUGUUUCUGAACAAAUUAAACCAAAACAAACUCAGAUCCCUAAAUAACAUCUUAUCCUUUAUGUUAUUAUAACUUUCAAAGUGUAUUACGUUUUUACGACAACACAAAAUUGACAAUUUGGCAACCAAAGCUGAUGAUCUGAUGAAAGCGAGAAAUAUGUCUUAAUUACGACUCACGACUUUAUUAAAUCCUUUGUUUUAUUUGCAUAGAUUGAUUCGAAAUGUGUCUUGUAAAACAUUUAUAAUAUUUAAAAUUUUCUGUUUUGGUUAGAAACACACAAUCAAAAAAAUAAUUAUUUUUUUAUAUUUUGUAUUGUAAAAAAUGUGAAAUAAUACUUAUAAACAUAAUUAUACAUAAAAAAAUGUAAAUAGGUAUUAGGUUUUCACAUAGAAUGUACUGAUAAUGCUUACGAAUUUAUUGACCAUAAGACCUGAUAGCUACUAUUUAACGUAAAGCUAAACUUCUGACGACGUAGAACUUUUACUUAUUAACUUUCUGGUAAUAAAUAUUAGGUACCAUUUAAAUAGUUACUUUGGACUAAACGCCCUUUUAAUUAUACGCACUUAUAUACUAGUCUUCAUUCAGUUAUUAAACUCUUAAUCAAUUAAAUAGGUAUUUACAAAUGCACGUUUUAUGUGAGUAUUGGGCUUUUCGUAAAUGUUUUUGUUUUAAUAAAUAAUAUGGUUUUUAAUAAUGUGUCAGUAAUAAAAAAUUUGUUAUUUUAAGUUUGCUGGAAACUUAAACAAACCCCCACGUAAGCCUAUAUUUGUACAUCUGUACUUAAUAUACAUAUCUCGAUUUUCAUAAGCAAAAAGUCUGGGGCCAUCCUAUAAAUUGGUUUUUAAUAAAAUAUGUGCACACUCAAAUUAAAACUAGAGCCUUAUAUAAAUCCAUAGCAUACAACAAAUAUUUGAAAAAUCAUAAAAUAUAUAAAGUAAGAUCAAACUUCUUAUUAUUUAUGUAACGGCACUGCAUUCUGUAUACCUUAAACAAUAUAUUUUUAAUACAAAAAUAAUAAAAAAAUGAUGGUAUCAAAAGUUAUUAAAAGCCCUUCAAAAAUGUCUCCUUCCUUCACAGAUGUAUGUAAGACUAUUCUAACAAACAACGAUGCUUUUAAUUUAUAAAUUAAUUCAUCAACAAAUUUAAUUAGAGCUGUAUCUGAAACGUAUAUCUUCACUGUCUAAAACUGUUCAUAUAUUCGGGCGUACAAAAUUUAUAAAAUAUUAUUAUCCAAUACUUUUCUAUUAACACUAUUCAUUCAAUUAUGGGCAAUCCUGUUCAUGCUUUUUCUAAACUGUGUAAGUUUUAUAAUAGAACGUACAUAACUUCCAAAGAAAAUACAGUAAAAAAAAAUAAAUCGAAAUCUUAUUUAAUCUAAUGAGAAAAAGACAGGAAUAUGCAGCAUAUAUAAAUUGAUAAGUGAGAUUUUUACUUUAAGGCACCACUAUCAAAUAUAUUCGAACUCUUUCGAUAAAAUAUUAUUUUUCAAAAAAAUUACUAAAAAUUAAAAAUAUUCGUAUUAAAACGUUAUCAAUAAACUAAACACUUACGCUUCCAACAGUAAAACUUGUUUUUCAAAAUUAAAUGUAAUAAGUUGUCCAUUUAUUUUCAAGAUCAUUGUUGAUAUUUUAAACAAAGUUUUAUAUUUUUAUCAAAGACUUAUAUAUAAUUUUCUUAAAAAACAAAUUUUUAACGAAUGGUCUUUUGAAAGUUAUAGGAUCCUCGUUCUUAUUCGAUUUUUAUGUUGUUACAAAUAAAUGUAGGCAUUGGAAAACGAUUCAACGCAGUAGCGUACACAAAAAAGUUACGAUUUAAAUAAGGUCCUUUUUAUACUACUUUAGGGUCGCGAAACACGCUGGUAUAACUAAAAAAAUGUAACAGGACUUAGGGUUUUUACUAUUAUUUAAAAGCAUUGUCCAUAUUCCUUCAUAUUCCUUACAAGGACUAGAAAACUCUUGUGCACAAAGUUUAAUUAAAAUUUAACUACCAAAACUCGCAUUUGAUUUACACAAUAUUGACCUAAAAUUUUCAGUGUCAAUUACAUUUAGAUUAAAAAUGUUAUUCAUUUUUAUAUACCAAUAAAACAAAACAAUUAUUGUAUACCUCCAUUAUAACUUCGGUCUUAUAAAGACACUAAUAAUACCAGCGUGUAUAGAAAAACGCACCAAAACUGGACAGAAAUUCAAAAUUUGUAAACUUGUGAAAUCGGAGGUGUUUUAAAAUAAAAUAUAAAAACCUUUGCAAGAACUCACAAAUACUUACUUUUAGAUUACGAUAAAGAUAGACAACUGGAACUAUUUUGUUGAAGUGUGAUUUUAUACUUUUCAGCUCGACAAUUAAUUGUUUAUCCGUAGAAUAAAGAGGGUUUUUUUUAACGAUAACGAUAAAUAAACAUAGCUAACCAAAACCUAAGCAAAGUUUUUGUUAAAGAUGAACAUUUAUAUCGAAAAAUAACUGACAAUUGCCAAAGUACUAUCCCUUUUAUUUAUUCGAAAGUGAACCUUAGCCGUAAAAAUGCGUUGAAAAAGUGGAAAAAGUUAAAAGAAAAAAGUUUUUCCUUAUUAGAGUGAAUGGUAUAGAUGUUGAUGUAGACUUAUAUUUUAAAAAACAAAUAAUUUUCAAAAAAUUUAUUAUGCCAUUAUUUGUAAUAAGGAAAUAUUUUAGAUAUAAUAACUUUUUAUACAAACUCUUAGACUGCAGGUUUUUUUAAAUGGGUAGAUGGAAAUUCCUACACUAAAAGGUAUGCAACCGUGGUCAAGUAAAUAAAUUUUAAUUUUUAAAACGAUACAAAUAAAACAUCUACACUUAUAAACAUUAUAGUUCUGUUGCAAACUAAGAACCUUGUUGAUUAGUUAUCAUCCAAAGCCUCUUUAUUUUGCCCAUAAUUUUAUGAAACUCAGAACAUUAUAUUUUUAGUUUCGGCACGCCCCAAAUCGGAUACAAUUUUUUGAAGUAAUAUAAAAUUUCUUAGAUGACGUUAAGUUUAAAUUUUACAAUUUGUUGGAACAUUAAAAAAAAAACUCUUCGGAUAAUUAUAUAAUAUAUAUUCAAAAUAUCGGACCACUCGGCUUCAGAGCUUUUUUUUCAAAAUUGUGAGAAGCCUUAAGGAGGUCUAACCCCCUAACCUUUCUAAUUAGUAAUCUAGAUUGGGUCCCUUAUGCACACUCAAACUUAAAUAUCUCACUAUAUUUAUGUAACCAAUAAAGAGAUUGGCAAUCACGUUUUAAAGAAAACCAUAUUAAUGCAUCUGUCAGGUAGGUGAAUUAUAUAAAAAUGUAAGAAAAAGUACACGAACUUAAAUAGCAAGGCCAGAAAUUCAAUAAAUAUAUUGCUGUGAUAAACAAAUUGCCGUUUUAUAUAGGGCUCUAGUCAUGUGUAUAUAUAUAAAUCCAUAUAUAUAUAUUUAUAUAUAUAUAUGUUUAAAGAGCUCAAUCGAAAACACUUGUAAGGAGACAAAGAUUCUGUGUUACAAUAGUUUGGUGGUCUUGCUUAUAUAAACGAAAUAAUGUAUUAACAAUAUAAUCAUAACAAUGUAUAUAGCCAUUGCCAAUUUAAAAGACUGUUUAACACAUAUUAUAUAUGUUUUACUAUGAUAACUUAUCAAUAAAUAAAUAACUAUAAUAAGCUUUAAUGCAUAAACAAUUUAUUUAUGUUUAUGUGCAACUCUUUAACUCUAGUUUUAAAUUUAAUUUUAAUCAAUGAAUUAUGCAAUGUGUAUUUCUUCCAUGCUUCCAUUUUCUGUGUUUUAGACUAUUGUUUUUACUGAAACGAUUUUGCAAUAUUAACUGUUUCAUUUGUAGGGGUAAAUAUAAAAAAUACUAUUUUUAUGUUCAUUAAUUCGAACUUUUUUGUAUGUUUGAGUCAGUGCAGUUUUAAAUUAUAAUUACGAAAUAUAAACAAAAUAUAAAAUCAGAUGCCACAAAUUUUAAUUAAUAUAGAUAACUAACAAAUGCUAUUAGGAACUUUGUCAUCAAACCCCCUUCAAAAAACGUUGUUGGUAUUAUAUCACAAACCAAUAAAAUGAAGGGAACCCACAACGAAUAUUAUGUUUAUUCAUAAAUAAGAAUUUUUAAUUAUAUUGAUAAAUUAAAAAUGUAUUUUAUUUGCUGCAAAAAAAGUUAUGUUGAAUUUAACAAUUCUGAUACAUAUAUUUCAUCUUAAGUCCACAAUAUUCAUUAAAUUACUGGUCGACUGAUAGGUUCUUAGCCUUAGCUGAACUCUAAAUAGUGGCAAGGGUUAGCAAUGUGUAUUUAUAAUAAAUGUUAUACUAUACCUAAGUGGAUAUAUAAAUAAAUUACUAGAAUUAAGUUGAUAGCAAUCACAUACUUAACAGUUUAAGUAAAUAAUACUUAAAUUAGGUUAAUAAGUAAUAAGUACGGAAUUUAGAAUUAGUACAUAUAUACUGUAAUAAAAAUAAACAAUGUUGAAAAUAUAAAA